AGGCAGUUGGCGGAACCCACUUCAGUGCCGCGCAGAGCUCCAUCAGAGCCGACCCAAUCGACGACUCGCCGACACUAAUUGGAAAGGAACCUCAGCAGCUCCAACUCGCGAGGUUGCGCCCCGUGUUCCGCGCCACGCUUCCGACAACCAUCCUUCAAUCGACAAGAUGGUGCCGCCCGUACGCAACACAAUCGACCGGCUCGACAGGCCAAGCGCCUACUUCAGCCAUCGGAAGCGUCGCAGGAACGACGACGAAGAUGCGGAGCCGCAGCAGCCACAGGUUGAUCCUCUGGCCAAAGCGACCACGCUUUACGUCGGGAACCUGUCCUUCUUCACCACCGAGGAGCAAAUCUACGAGCUCUUCUCCAAGUGCGGCGAGAUCAAGCGCCUGGUCAUGGGCCUGGACCGCUUCAACAAGACGCCCUGCGGCUUCUGCUUCGUCGAGUACUACACGCACCAGGACGCGCUCGACUGCAUGAAGUUCAUCGGCGGCACCAAGCUCGACGAGCGCGUCAUCCGCACCGACCUCGACCCGGGCUUCGAGGAAGGCCGCCAGUACGGCCGCGGCAAGUCGGGCGGCCAGGUCCGCGACGAGUACCGCGACGACUACGACGAGGGCCGCGGCGGGCUUGGCCGCGCCGUCCAGCUCGAGCGCGAGGCCAGGGACCGAGAGAACAGGGACGCCAGGGAAUCGAGGGACAGCCAAGACCGCGGUCACCUGAGAUAAGGCGAGACCGGAGAGCACGACGGGUCAGGCUAGGGAAAAGCAAUGGUCACUUUCACUUGGGUAAAUCUCUUGCUGGUAGUUGGUGGCAAGAGGUCGUGAACGUGCAUAUU